GGCCAGGGAUAACACCAUUUUGAAUGGGAGUUUAUUUUCUGUCCUCAAUAGGAUACUAAAAUAAACUUGUGUGUGUGUGCAUGUACGUGUGUGAGAGAGUGUGCUUGCCCUUAAGGGCUCCUUUGUUGGGUCAUCUGUCUACGAUGACCAGAGAGAGAUAAACAAAUACAAUCUGUAGAAAAGAGAACUUGAACCAUUACACAUUUGCUUUCUUAUUGAUACGUCAGUCGACUGCUGAACAGACAGACAGUAUGCAUCAGGGAGCAGUGGUCGUGGUCUUGCUGGGUCUGGUGGGAGUCCACCAGGGAGUCCCCCUAGACUGCAAACCUCUCAACACCAAUCAGAACUUCGACCUGGAUAGGUUCAUGGGGAAGUGGUAUGACGUUGCCGUAGCGAGCGACUGCCCCUUGAUUAAACAAGUGACAGGGGAGGUGGCCAUAAGCAGCCUGGAGCUGAGGAGGCCUGCCAGGCCCGGCAAGGUCAGCACCACACGGACGAUAUGGAGACAAGGGACAUGCAAGCAGACAUCAGGGGAAUAUGAGCUGAGCGACACACCUGGAAGAUUCACCUACCAUGUACCCAAGUGGGGAGCUGAUGUGGAAGUCCACUUGCUUCACACUGACUAUGACAAGUAUGCCAUCGUCCUCCACACAUCCACCGAGAGGGCCACAGGCAAAAGAGUCACCACUAUGAAACUCUACAGUCGAACCAUGCAGGUUGCCCAAACUUUGACUGAGGAGUUUUAUAGGUUCCUGAGAGAGCUAAACAUGGAUGUUGAAAUGGUCAUUAUCAAAAAGGACAAAGGAAAGUGUCAACCAGGAAAAUCAUCAGAAGAUAAACCAGGAAGGUCAUCAAAAGAGAAACCAACUAAACCAGCAGAAGAUAAACCAGAAAAGUCAUCAAAAGAGAAACCAACUAAACCAGCAGAAGAUAAACCAGGAAAGUCGUCAAAAGAGAAACCAACUAAACCAGCAGAAGAUAAACCAGGAAAGUCGUCAAAAGAGAAACCAACUAAACCAGCAGAAGAUAAACCAGGAAAGUCGUCAAAAGAGAAACAUCCUAAACCAGCAGAAGAUAAACCAGGAAAGUCGUCAAAAGAGAAACCAACUAAACCAGCAGAAGAUAAACCAGGAAAGUCGUCAAAAGAGAAACAUCCUAAACCAGCAGAAGAUAAACCAGAAAAGUCGUCAAAAGAGAAACCAACUAAACCAGCAGAAGAUAAACCAGGAAAGUCGUCAAAAGAGAAACCAACUAAACCAGCAGAAGAUAAACCAGGAAAGUCGUCAAAAGAGAAACCAACUAAACCAGCAGAAGAUAAACCAGGAAAGUCGUCAAAAGAGAAACCAACUAAACCAGCAGAAGAUAAACCAGGAAAGUCGUCAAAAGAGAAACAUCCUAAACCAGCAGAAGAUAAACCAGAAAAGUCGUCAAAAGAGAAACCAACUAAACCAGCAGAAGAUAAACCAGGAAAGUCGUCAAAAGAGAAACCAACUAAACCAGCAGAAGAUAAACCAGGAAAGUCGUCAAAAGAGAAACCAACUAAACCAGCAGAAGAUAAACCAGGAAAGUCGUCAAAAGAGAAACAUCCUAAACCAGCAGAAGAUAAACCAGAAAAGUCGUCAAAAGAGAAACCAACUAAACCAGCAGAAGAUAAACCAGGAAAGUCGUCAAAAGAGAAACCAACUAAAUCAGCAGAAGAUAAACCAGGAAAGUCGUCAAAAGAGAAACCAACUAAACCAGCAGAAGAUAAACCAGGAAAGUCGUCAAAAGAGAAACAUCCUAAACCAGCAGAAGAUAAACCAGGAAAGUCGUCAAAAGAGAAACCAACUAAACCAGCAGAAGAUAAACCAGGAAAGUCGUCAAAAGAGAAACAUCCUAAACCAGCAGAAGAUAAACCAGAAAAGUCGUCAAAAGAGAAACCAACUAAACCAGCAGAAGAUAAACCAGGAAAGUCGUCAAAAGAGAAACCAACUAAACCAGCAGAAGAUAAACCAGGAAAGUCAAGAUAA